GCCCCCGAGAUUGUAACAAACGUGGAAUCCCAGUGCUACUCCAAACACCACACGCAAGAGAAGAGCGUAGAAACCAAAGAAAAGCAAAGCCGCAAAGAAAAUGGGUACUAGUAGUCUCGUACCAGUGAUUGAUCUGCAAGACUUUCCAUCUCAAUCCCAGAAACUAAUCGAUGCGAGCCAAGAAUGGGGUUGCUUCAGGAUCAUCAAUCACCAGAUCCCCACAACUCUGAUGUCAGAUAUGAAGUCGGUGGUGAGGUCUCUUCUCGAUCUUCCGCCGGAAAUCAAACGCCGGAACACCGACGUCAUCGCCGGAAGUGGGUACGUGGCGCCGAGCAAGGUUAAUCCUCUAUAUGAAGGGUUGGGUCUCUAUGACAUUGGAUCCACUCAUGCUGUUCUUGAUUUUUGCUCUCAGCUCGAUGCUUCUCCUCAACAAAGGGACACAAUACUGAGGUAUUCUCAGUCUAUACACAAACUAGCCAUGGACAUUGGGAACAAAUUAGCUCAAAGUAUGGGUUUGGCCAGUGAUUUGUUUAUGGGUUGGCCCUGCCAAUUGAGGAUUAACAAAUACAGCUUCACCCCUGAAACUCUCGGAUCAUCCGGGGUUCAAAUCCACACAGACUCUGCAUUUCUUACCAUAUUACAGGAUGAUGAAAACGUGGGCGGUCUUGAAGUGAUGGACAAGAAGUCCGGUGAAUUUGUUCCGGUUGAUCCCAUGCCCGGCACCCUCCUUGUCAAUCUUGGAGACUUUGCUACGGUGUGGAGCAAUGGAAGAUUUUACAAUGUGAAGCACAGAGUGCAGUGCAAGGAAGCCACGAUACGACUGUCAAUUGCUUUGUUCGUCUUAGGACCAAAGGAGGCUCCACUGGAAGCGCCACCAGAGCUAGUAGAUAGUGAAAACCACCCUCGGCUCUAUGUUCCAAUCCAUUUUGAAGAUUACAGAAAGCUCCGGCUUUCCACUGGUUUGAGAGCUGGUGAGCUCUUGACAAGUUAUCUGCAAGCAAUGUUCCAUUUUGACUAGAAGACUAGGGUGGCCUAUUGCCGGCCGCAAUUGCGUGUGAAAUGACAGAAAUGCCCUUUACAAGCCACAACAGACACUCGUUUGGAGGACAAUUUUGGCAAAUUUUUAGGCCACCCUUGUACUAUUAGUGGCUUCAUUUCACCUGUAUCUUUCACUAAUUUUCUAAAUAGAGUUGAUCAAAAUCAAAAAAUAUUGUGGUGAAUACUUAACUUGUUUCUUGGUUAAUUAUUUUGGAAACCUGUGCAUUUACAAAUCGUCAA